GGAAGCAGCAUUUCUUUCUUUUAUCUUCAACUACAAAAUACAAAAUACAUGAUUAAAGAAAGCGCAAAUCCUCGUGAGGCAGAGUAGUCUGUUCCUCUCUCUGCCCAACCCAAUCCAACACACCCUCCCCCUCUCUUUCCCUCCUUCUUCCCCAAAAGCAAUAAACAAAUCUAAGAAGAAGAAGAAGAAGAAGUCUAGAGAGAGAAACCAAGAAGCUAGCGAUAGAGAGAGAGAGAGAAAUGGCGGGCGGGGGCUCAUCGGGGAGGUUGCCGACGUGGAAGGAAAGAGAGAACAACAAGAGAAGGGAGCGAAGAAGAAGAGCAAUCGCAGCUAAGAUAUACUCUGGUCUUAGAGCUCAGGGGAACUAUAAGCUACCUAAACACUGUGACAACAACGAGGUCUUGAAGGCUCUCUGUAUCGAAGCUGGUUGGGUCGUCGAAGAAGAUGGCACCACCUAUCGCAAGGGAUGCAAGCCAGCCCCAGCUGAGAUGGCAGGGACUUCAACAAACAUCAGCACAUGUUCCUCUGUUCAAUUAAGCCCACAAUCCUCAAAUUUUCCAAGUCCUGUACCAUCCUAUCAUGCCAGCCCAUCGUCGUCCUCAUUCCCAAGCCCUACUCGAUUUGAUGCAAAUCCCUCCUCUUACCUCCUUCCAUUCCUACGCAAUAUUGCCUCCAUACCUACAAAUCUUCCUCCUCUUAGAAUAUCCAACAGUGCUCCUGUAACGCCACCCCUUUCUUCGCCAACCUCUAGAGGUUCAAAACGAAAACCGGACUGGGAGUCCCUUUCCAAUGGUUCCCUAAACUCCUUUCGCCACCCCCUAUUUGCAGCCUCUGCCCCAUCAAGCCCUACACGACGUCACCAUGCUACACCUGCCACAAUACCAGAAUGUGAUGAAUCUGAUGCUUCCACAGUGGACUCUGGUCGUUGGGUCAGUUUCCAGGCAGUUCCACCUCAAGCGGCUCCUCCUUCACCUACAUUUAAUCUAAUGAAACCAGUGGCCCAACAGAGCUGUCUCCAAGAUGGGGUUGAUGUGCAUGAAGGCUUAGACUGGGGAACUGCAGCAGAGAGAGGGAGAGGCACAGAGUUUGAGUUCGAGAGUGGCAGAGUAAAGGCAUGGGAGGGUGAGAGAAUUCAUGAGGUAGGGAUGGAGGAUCUGGAGCUUACACUGGGGAGUGGGAAGACCCGUGGUGAAGCAUCAGGCUGAUGAUCAUAUCUUGCUUGAGAAUGUAUAAACUGGAGGCAAGAAUUCACCAUGUAUGUGGGUUGAGCUGUGCAUUCUCAAUGGUACUCCGUUUUCUUAGCCGGCUGAGCGGCAUUCCUUGGGGCCUCAUUAUGACUUCUGUCACUUUAAUUUGACAUCGGUGCGUCCAAUCUUUUCUUCAUCUGUACAGUACUCUUUAGCUAGGAGCCAUCACACGAUUAUAAACCAAUAGGAUUUAAUUAUAAUAUGAUCGAAUUUUUAAUGAGCUUCAUGGAAGCACUGCUUUCCUAAUUAGUUAAUGUGGUGAGAAAAGCAGGUUCAUAGGGAGGUCAUAUUCCUGUUACGAUUGCUUAUGUUUGGGGUAUCUUCAAUUCUUGAUUUAUUAUAGGGCCCUAUUUGAAUUGUCAA